GCGGCGCAGCAGGCGGCACCUUUCCCGGCUGUUAACCUCUCGUCUUCCCGGUGCGCGAGCUUGGCUGUCAUGCCUUGGCUGCUCUCAGCCCCCAAGCUGGUUCCCGCUAUAGCAAACGCCCGCGGCCUCUCAGGAUGUAUGUUGUGUUCACAGCGAAGGUACUCCCUCCAGCCUGUCCCAGAAAGGAGGAUUCCACACCGAUACUUAGGCCAGCCCAGCCCCUUUACACACCCACACCUUCUCAGACCAGGGGAGGUAACUCCAGGACUAUCUCAGGUGGAGUAUGCUCUUCGCAGACACAAACUAAUGUCUCUGAUCCAGAAGGAAGCACAAGGACAGAGUGGGACAGACCAGACAGUGGUUGUGCUCUCCAACCCUACAUACUACAUGAGCAACGAUAUUCCCUAUACUUUCCACCAAGACAACAAUUUCCUGUACCUGUGUGGAUUCCAAGAGCCUGAUAGUAUUCUCGUCCUUCAAAGCCUCCCUGGCAAACAAUUACCAUCACACAAAGCCAUACUUUUUGUGCCUCGGCGAGAUCCCAGUCGAGAACUUUGGGAUGGCCCACGAUCUGGCACUGAUGGAGCAAUAGCUCUAACUGGAGUGGAUGAAGCCUAUACUCUAGAAGAAUUUCAACAUCUUUUACCAAAAAUGAAAGCUGAGACGAACAUGGUUUGGUAUGACUGGAUGAGGCCCUCGCAUCCACAGCUUCACUCUGACUACAUGCAGCCCCUGAUUGAGGCCAAAGCCAGGAGCAAGAACAAGGUUCGGGGUGUUCAACAGCUGGUACAGCGCCUCCGGCUGAUCAAAUCUCCUGCAGAAAUUGAACGAAUGCAGAUUGCUGGGAAGCUGACAUCACAGGCUUUCAUAGAGACCAUGUUUGCCAGUAAAGCCCCUGUGGAAGAAGCCUUUCUUUAUGCUAAGUUUGAAUUUGAAUGCCGGGCUCGUGGAGCUGACAUCUUAGCCUAUCCACCUGUGGUGGCUGGUGGGAAUAGGUCAAACACUUUGCACUAUGUGAAGAAUAACCAACUCAUCAAGGAUGGGGAAAUGGUACUUCUGGAUGGAGGUUGUGAGUCUUCCUGCUAUGUGAGUGACAUCACACGUACCUGGCCAGUCAAUGGCAGGUUCAGCGCACCUCAGGCAGAACUCUAUGAAGCUGUUCUAGAGAUCCAGAGAAAUUGUUUGGCCCUCUGCUUCCCUGGGACAAGCUUGGAGAAUAUUUACAGCAUGAUGCUGACCCUGACAGGACAGAAGCUUAAAGACUUGGGGAUCAUGAAGAACAUUAAGGAAAAUAAUGCCUUUAAGGCUGCUCGAAAAUACUGCCCUCAUCAUGUUGGCCACUACCUUGGGAUGGAUGUCCACGACACUCCAGACAUGCCCCGUUCCCUCCCUCUACAGCCUGGGAUGGUAAUCACAAUUGAGCCAGGCAUUUAUAUUCCAGAGGAUGACAGAGAUGCCCCAGAGAAGUUUCGGGGUCUUGGUGUACGAAUUGAGGAUGAUGUAGUGGUGACUCAGGACUCACCUCUCAUCCUUUCUGCAGAUUGUCCCAAAGAGAUGAAUGACAUUGAACAGAUAUGUAGCCCAGCCUCUUGACCUUCACUGCAGCCCACAUGCACUUCAGGUUCAAGAUGAGUAUCCUGCGUGUCUACUGGAGCCACAUGAACCCUCAGGGGAACUGGUGUCCUACGUUCUUACUAGUCAGCCACAGUCCAGGUUCCAUCAACAAUAGCUACCUACCAAACAAAACAGUUGUGAGCCUUUCUUGCCAUUUGGUUGCCCAGGAUCUGGAAAGUGUUCAGAUUCUUGAUAAAGAAGGAAAUGGAAGAGAAAGAAAAGUAUGUAUGUAUCUACUAAAUAUCCAGACAUCAGGGCUGGGCACGGUGGCUCAUGCCUAUAAUCUCAGCAUUUUGGGAGGUCAAGGCAGGUGGGUCACUUGAGACCAGGAGGUUGAGACCAGCCUGGCCAACAUGGUGAAACCCUGCCUCUACUAAAAAUACAGAAAUUAGUUCAUGCCUGUAAUCCCAGCUACUUGGGAGGCUGAGACAUGACAAUUGCUUGAACCUGGGAGGUGGAGGUUGUAGUGAGCUGAGACCAUGCGACUACACUCUAGCCUGAAUGACUGAGCGAAACUCUCUGCUUCCAAAAAAAAAAAAAAAAAAAAAAAUCCAGACAUCCAGAUGUCUUUUCUCUUCAAUUUAAAGAUGAUUUCUUAAUGAUGCCUUCAAAAAUUAAUAAAAAGAAAAAAGAAUGAUUUCUUUCCCAGAUAUCCCUGUUCCCUCUAUGGAUUCUUAAUCCACUGACCCUCACGGGUUAUCCUUGUAGCUAUGCAGAGGCAGAUCCUCUACUUACUUACCGUGUCAGAGUCACAAAGUCACAGUCGUGGCACCGUUUUCAGAGAAGCACCCCUGUUAUCAUUCUGUGAUUUCCUCUAGUGCUAAUAAAAACAAAAUACGAAUCCACCAAUAAAUAUCUUGAUUCCUAUCUUUCUCUGAUAUUAGCACUGAGCGUGCAGUGGUAAAGAGUCAUUUCUUUUUUUUUUUGGAGGGAGAGGGAGUCUCACUCUAUUGCCCAGGCUGGAGUGCAGUGGUGCGAUCUCAGCUCACUGCAACCUUCCCCUACCGGGUUCAAGCAAUAUUCCUGCCUCAGCCUCCCAAGUAGUUGGGGCUACAGGUGAAUAUUGCCAUGCCCAGCUAAUUUUUUGUAUUUUAGUAGAGAUGGGGUUUCACCAUGUUACCCAGGCUGGUGUCAAACUCCUGAGCUCAGGCAGUCUGCCCACCUUGGCCUCCCAAAGUGCUAUGAUUACAGGCUGUGAGCCACCGCAUAUGGCCUAAGUCAUAUUUCUUUAAAACCAACAUUGGAUACAAUUAUACAGCAACUCAGUGUGCAAGGUGAACAGGGCUAGAUUACCACAGAUAGCUUAUUUAGGAGCUUCUGUGAUAGAGGGAAGCUUUAAGAGCCAGUGUGUUCAUCUCCUUUUAAACCUGGAUAUGGGCUCAAGAUGUAUAAAACAUGCCAGUCGUUACAACACAAAUUUGAGGGUCUUUUUUUUUUUCUAAAGACGGGGUUUCACCAUGUUGGUCAGGCUGGUAUUGAACUCCCAACCUCAGGUGAUCCACCCACCUCGGCCUCCAAAGUGCUUGGAUUACAGGCGUGAGCCACCACGCCCAACCUAUUUGAGGGUUUUUAAAAAUAUAUAUAUUUGUAUUAGGGAAGCACAAGCUAGGGGAUUAACAGUCUCUGCAGUGCUGAAAGUUUACCUAUCUUAUCAGGGAAACCCAGGGUACAGAGUGAAAAGCAGACAGGCAGUGACUUCCUCAAGAGACAGAUAAUGUGAAAACAAAAGUGAUACAAAUUGUAUCCUGACAGUGCUAGCCCAUGAAUGCGUUGGUUUGCACACCUUAUCUAAGCAGCUCUUGGAAUGGAGGCUGCACAGCUGGAGUCUCCGUCCCCCAUACCUACCCUUCUUCCUCCCUCCAAUUUCUCAAUCUAGUGCUACUUUUUAAAAGAAGGGGAGGGAAAUAACUCCAGGACUGUGGCUUCUCACUUCCUGAGCUCUGUGCCCCCAAUGACCCUUUCCUUGGAUUGCGUUUCCUUUUUUACAAUCCAGGAAUAAGGAAUUUCUUUUCCUUUCUUCUUUUCUUUUCUUUUUUUUUUUUUUUUUUUUUUUUGAAACUGAGUCUCACUAUCGCCCAGGCUGGAGUGCAGUGGUGCAAUCUCGGCUCACUGCAACCUCCGCCUCUGGGGUUCAAGCAAUUCUCCUGCCUCAGCCUCCUGAGUAGCUGGGAUUAUAGGCACCCACCACCAUGCCCAGCUAAUUUUUGUAUUUUUAGUAGAGACGGGGUUUCACCAUGUUGGCCAGGCUGGUCUCAAACUCCUGACCACAGGAGUUUGAGUCUUUCUGACCAGUAAUCAGAAAGACUACUGUGGAAUUCUAAAUUUGCUAGCUAAAAGCCUAGGUGGCUUCUAUGUAUAGCAGCGUACUUGGAUGUGAAACAGACUUCUGGUGAGAUUCCAGUCAAGUUCUAUAGACGUUACUGGUAGUGAGACAGACUACUGUGGAAUUCUUCUGGUGAUUUUUAGUCCCUUACCCAGGUAUGUUAUCCUUUGGGUCCCAGAUUAACUAUAGCAGCUAAGUAUUGGAAUCAGACUUUUAGAACCAUCAAGAUAGCAUAAUGAACAUCUCAUAGUAAUGUUUUAUGGGCUGUCUGAUAUAUUCAGGAUUUGUUGAGCAGAUAAUUAUGCACUGUGCUGUGUGUGAUCUUAUUCAUGCUUAGCCAUGCCACAGACACCCCACAUUUACUUGUUUUUUUUUUUUUUUAA